AAAAUGAAUAUUGUAUGCGUUAUAUGCAGUGAUUUGUUGGUACCGUCUGAUGAUGUUUUCCAUACACCAUGUGGGCAUAUUUUUCAUUUUGUUUGUUUAACUCAGUGGCUAGAGAGAUCCAAAUCAUGUCCACAAUGUAGAGAAAAAACUACGAAUCAUAAAAUUCAUAGAAUAUAUUUUAAUUUUUCCAAUAAUGAUACCAUUAUUGAAGAUACCUGUUCUUUACAGGAUACAAUAGAUAAAUUAAAAUUUCAGCUUCUCUUAAAAGAAAAAGAUGUUAAACAUUAUACAGACAAGAGUGAAACAUUAACAAAGCAAAGUAAAGAGUUGAUGAAGGAAGUACGAAAAUUAGAAAGUGAACUAAGUGAAAAAAACACUGCUAUUUAUGCUCUUAAAGACCAGGUUAAAUAUUUUAAGGAGCAAAAUUUAGAAAUACAAAACAACGGUAGAGAAAUUGAGCAGUUGAAGAAAAAACUUGAAAAUUAUAGUAUACAAACCUUACUUGAUGCUUCCACAAAAGAGGUAGAUGGGAUGAUUUCAAGAACAAAUGAUCCUAAUACACUUAUUACAUAUAUAUCUGUGAUGAAAAGGGAAAUGAUAGGCUGCAUGAAUAAAAGAAGGGAAUUAAGAUCUAAAGUAAGAAGUUUACAGCAAGAACUUACUCGAGCAUUAAUGGAACGGAAUGUUUUAUCUGAAGAACAUACUAAGAACAAAAAACUUAAAGAAGAAUUAAUCGUUUAUGAAAGUGAAAAUAUACUUUUGCAAAAUAAACUUAGAGAAUUGGAAAGAAGUAUAUCAUUAAUGAAAAGGUCGAGUAACUUUAAUUUUAAAACUGUAGAUACAUUAGAUAACUCUUCUAAUAACAAAUGUAGUGAAGAAGAAAUUGAAAGCAUAGACAAGAAUGAAAAAACUGAAAAAGAGAAUACAGAUCAAAAAAGGGAAAGUCAAUCCACUAUUGCGAAACAUAAAACGGAUUCACCAUAUCUUCCAAUUAAAUCUACAGGAGUAUUCGUUUUAAAACAUGCAAAUGAAAAACACAGUACAAUGAAAUUACAUUCAUCAAUUCUUACAAAAAAACCAAGAAUUGAACAAACAAGUGAGCAAGUAGAGAUUAAUACUAUUACGUAUAAUGGUUUUGGAGGACAUUCGAAACUUGAGCAGUUUCCUAGUUCUUAUAGUAUCAAAGCAAAAAGAAGUAGAGAUGAUGCAACUAAAUCUAAAAGACAAAAGUUAGGUGCAGACAAUAAUCUGAAAAUAACUGAUUUUUAG